GAGAGGUCGACUGCUCGCUCAAAAAAGAACGAUGGUUUUGAUUUUAAUGACUAUUAUACCCGUAAAGUCCGUUGAGAAAUACUAUAUCAUCUUCGUUCGUUCACUUCCUAUUAGACAAUCAAACAAGAUUGUAUAGAAAAGAUUUAUAAUUCUUUAUUUCAUUCCAGACUUUAACAUAAAAUCAAGAUGCCUACUCCAACAAGCGCAAUCAAGGUUGUCUUUGGUUCAAUGACCAUCGGUAGACCAGGUGAUGCAAUCCGUGUUACAACUGUUGAAGGCGCCCAAAAAAUCUUCGAUGUAUUCCAAGCACAUGGCCAUUCGGAAGUCGACUCUGCUCGUGCCUACGGCGGUGGUUCCACCGAAGAAAGGCUCGCAGAGAUAAAUUGGCAAUCACGUGGUCUCGUUAUGCAAACCAAGCUCUAUCCCACCAAGGGAAAGGGCAUGUCAUGGCUCACAGAAGAAUCUUACUCUCUCUCUGCGGCCGAUGUCCGUCGUGGUUUCAAAGCCAGUAUGAAAGCACUGAACACAGAUCGAGUAGAGAUGUUCUAUCUCCACGGUCCCGACCGCAACACCCCCCUCGAAGAUACCCUCAGUGAAGUUAACAAACUCCACCAGGAGGGAAGAUUCGAUCGAUUCGGUAUUUCCAACUUCACUUCCUGGGAGGUAGCUCGAAUUUGCGACAUUGCCGAGAAGAAUGGCUGGGUAAAGCCAUCAGUCUACCAGGGUCUUUACAACGCCUUCAACCGUUCUGUAGAAGCAGAACUUAUCCCUUGUCUCCGCUUCUACAACAUGUCUCUCUAUGCAUUCCAACCACUGGCCGGUGGUUUCCUCACAUCGAAGUACCAUCGCGAUCAAACUGAAUACGAAGCCGGUUCCCGCUUCGAUCCCUCCAAACCACAAGGACAAUUACAUCACGGUCGCUACAUUAAUGAUCGGAAUCUCUACGCAUUGGAAGAUAUUCUUCGCCCUGUGAUUAAGAAACAUGGACUUACCGAGGCGGAAUGUGGAUUGAGGUGGAUGGCGCACCACUCUUUUAUGAAGAAGGAAUUGAAUGAUGCGGUAAUUGUGGGAGCAAGUAGCCCCGAGCAGUUGGAGCAAAAUUUGAAGGAUUUGGAGAAGGGAAGUUUGCCGAAUGAGGUAGUAGAGGCGUUGGAGAGGUGCUGGAAUCAUAUCUCAGGAGUUUAUAAGUAUUUCCAUUAGAGGGUUAUGGGAUACGAAUGGAAGAUAUGAUGUGGGUACGGCGAUCAACCGAUCGUUUUAAAAUGGAGAGUAAGGACAUGGCGAAUACUUGACAUUUCACUCGAAUGUCGAUAUGUAGAAUUGUAGAGACUGAAUAAAUGCCCA